AUUCGACAAUGAUUAUAACAACAAUAACAUCGGUAACCUUACAUUUAUGACACAUUUUUAAUGAAUUCAAAGUCAUAAUAUGUCGUUAUAUGUGUUUAUUUACUUUUUUCUUUAUUUAAUAAAGCGGUUUGUUCAUAAUCGUCAUUUAAUAAAAAUAAAAAAACACUAAAAAUGAGUGGACGAUCACCAUUGGCCAAUCAUCCAGCCAAUCCGGAGUUCAUGCGGAAAUGACGUACGGACGCUAAAGAUGGCGUCAGAUUCAAACGGCUGCGGAUCAGAUGCUACAGGGGUUCGUUUUCUUGACACGUGAGGGAUCGAGUGCGUCGUCUGGCAAGACAACAGCAACCAGGCAACCAGGCAACCAGGCAGCCAGGCAACCAGGCAACCAGGCAACCAGGCAGCCUCCUCACCAGUACCGAGCCAACCUCCGUGGGUCUCUGCUGUUUGUUAAUAUCUGCAGGUGUCGAGGCCGAAAGGACCCGUCAGCACCAUGCAACAGGAGGAGACGCAAGCAGGAGACGGAGGAGGACGGAGAGACGAGGAUGAGCGAGGAAGAGGGAGGGAUGGGAGGAGGAGGAGGAGGAAGGAGAGGGAGAGCGACGGCAGAGGGAGGAGGGCGGCGUCAGAGGGCGGCGAGGAGACGGGGGCGACGCUGAGGUGGAGGAUCCACCAGCUGGAGAAAGAGAAACUGGAGCUGACGUCUGGACACAACCGGGAGCUGUGCAGGCUACAGGCGGAGCUGACCCGGCUGAGGUCAUCGGUGGAGCGAGGUGAAGCUCAGGGGGCGGAGCUUCAGUAUCAGCUGACCCUUAGCCAGCGAGAUGCGGCGCGAGCUGCUGAGCUCAGCCGAGACAAGCGCAGUCUCACAGAGCGAGCGGCAGAGCUCCAGCAGACGGUGCAGGAGCUGCAGAGAGCCCUGGACAUCACCCGACAGGCCCGGGAGGAGGACCAGCAUGCUUUGCAGCAGGAGGUGGAGGAACGCGACAAACUGAUUCACAGUCUCAGCUCCGAGAACCAGCAACUGCACCAACUGCUGCAGGAGCAGGAGGCGGCUCUGGACGAGAGGGAGAGGAGGAUGGAGGAGGCGAGGGAAGAGAGGGAGAAGGAGGCGAGGGAGGUGAGGGAGGAGAGGAAGAAGGAGGCGGAGGCAAACAGACGACAAGCUGAUGAACUGAAAUACCUGAUGGAGAGAGAGGAGAGGAGCAGGAGGGAGAAGGAGGCGUCAGAUCAGCAGUUGAGGUCUCUGGAGUCAAACAUCGAGGCCGAGCGAGCGGCUCACCUGGAAUCCAAGUUCAACUCCGAGCUCGUCCAGCUGCGGGUGCGGGACCUGGAGGCGGCGGUGGCGGUGGAGCGGUCCGGCCAGCAGGAAGCGCAGUGCGGCCUGGAGCUGCUCAGGGCUCAGCUCAGAGAGAUGGAGAGAGCCCGCAGCCUGGAGAGAGAGAGGCACAGUGGCACUGAGCGCGCUCUGGAGCGGUUGGAGGCGGAGUAUGAGCAGUGUAAGUCUGACCUCGGCGUUGCUAUGGAAACUGAGAGGAAGUCGACCUCUGACCUCUCGGGGAGGCUGGAGGAGGAAAAGAAACGACACAGAGACACAUGCUCGCGGCUGCAGCAGACUAAAGAGGCUUAUGUGAACUGUGUGCAGAAGAUCAGAGAAACACUCCAACAACACAACUUUACAGGCUGCAGUCCUCUUGCAGUGCAUGAUGGGAGUUCUUCUGCUGAGGUGCUGCGGCAGCUGGAGUUGAUGCUCGACACCUCUGAGCUCCGACUGAAGGAAACAGAGAAACAGGUCCAGGAUCUGCUCCGUGCGUCAGAGCUGCUGCAGCAGGAGAACCACACCCUCGGACGGCUGACCUCGGAUCAGAGCCGACAGAGAGAGGAGUCCCGGGAGGAGUCGGUCCGAUUGGAGGAGGAGCUGAAGCGCCUUUGCCAGCAGAGCUCCGAUUGGUCGACGCAGAGCCGCGAGCUGAGGGCGGGGCUGCAGAGAGAGAGAGAGGAGAGGGCGAAAGAAGUCCAGAGGCUGACGGACGACUACGACAAAGAGUCAAAGGUCCGUCUGUCCUUCCUCUACUGUCUCUACCAGCGCCUCCUGGCCGGCUGCGUCCUCCUCACUCAGCCCCACAGCAUCCUGGGUAACUUCACCUGGAAGGAGCUGUGCGACGUCAUCUGCGAACAAGUCGACCGACUGACCUCUGACCUCCAGGCGGCCAACGACAAAAUCGCCCGCCUGCAGCUCGUGUGCGAGAAGAAGAGCAUGUGUGUUCACAAGCUGCAGCGUGCGUUGUCCCGUCUGGAGAAGAGCGCCAGGAGGAGGGAGGAGGCCCGGAGCGACCAGCACACGCUGCUGCAGCACGAGCUGCAGGUGUGUCGCUCCGAGUGCGACGUUCUCCGCGGUCAGGUCUCCUCCCUGACCUCUGACCUCUCGCUCCUCUCCGGAAGCCGCAGGGAGUCGGCCUCCCUGCUGGCGGCCUGCGCCCUCCUGGCCGGGGCGCUGAGACACGCCCACCGCCGCCUGCGGACGCUCUGCGAGCAGAAAGAUCUUGUGUGCAGGCGUCUGGCGGAGAGCGAGGCGCUGGAGGAGGAGGUGCGGAGGCUGGCCAGCGCUCUGGGUGGUGAGGAGGAUGAGGACGAGGAGGAGGAGAGAGGGAGGAGGGCGGUGAGGAGGUGGAGGAGGAGCGUGUGGGCGGUGCUGGCGGCGAGGAGGUGGCGUGCACUGGCGAAAGAGACGACGGUGUUGUUUCGGCUGGAGAGAGGAGGCGGCGUUCCGGAUGUGUGUGUCUGUGGUGAUGUGGCGAGGGCGACUCAGGAGGGACAAAUCAAAUCGACAACAGAUGAAGAUGAUGGAGGUCGUGAAGGUGUGUAUGCUCGGUGGAUUCGCUCGAAACGUCUCUCCUCUACCAUAGUGUCCUCCAUGGCUGACCUGCAGGGGGCGCUAGAGGACAAUGGCUCCUCCCCUCCAGAUGUCACGGCCGCAGCUCGUUCCAGUUUGUCCCGCCUCCUGGAUCACCUGCUUGACCAAUCGGACGCGGCGUCCCGCAGAGCGGACGACGGCGGCAACACACUGAGCUGGCGCCUGAAGCUGCCUCCGCGGACCAACACGAAGGCCCUGGUGUCCACCCUGCAGCAGCACUUCCUGCUCUUCAGCCAACGACUGCACUCGGCCGAGGUGGAGAGGCGGAGUCUCAGGCUGGAGGCGGCCAAUCUGAAGAAAGGACUGCGACGGGAGAGGGAGGACACCUGCAGGACGGUCCCGGCCGAGCGUUUCCACAGUGUGUGUGCGGAGCUCCGUCAGGCUCUGGCCAGGGAACAGGAGGCUCAGUCGCUGAUCCAUGAACAGACCGAGCGGCUGCACGCGCUGCAGCAUGAGGUGAACGCACAGGCCGCCGGGCAGAGCGACCCACAAUGCACCCUGAGCCAGACCACACAGGCUCUGUCGGAUGCCCGACAGGAAGCGAGUCGGAGGAAGCGCACGCUGAGGAUUCUGGGUAAACACCUGUCGGGUGUUCAGAGCGAGAAGAAGCAGCUGGAGGACAGGCUGCGUCGGGCCGAGGGCGAGCUGAGGGACGCCACGAGACGUACAGAUGAUCUGAUCAGCGGCACGAAGACGAGCCUGACAGAGGUAACCGUGGAAACUCCUCCACUUGUUCCCCUUCCUGAGCAGAAGGAGGAGGAGUCUAAACCUCCUGUUCCCCCCGAUCCAAACCCCGCCCCCUCCUCCCCUGUUUCCAAACCCCCCGGGGCCAAGAUGAAGAAGAAGAAGAGCGUGGGUCACGUGAAGAGCAGCAGGAGAGCGACAGACAGGUUUUCCGUGGUGGUCUGAACUCAUCAGCGCCCCCUGCAGUCCCGAGGGUCUGUGAUGGAGAGAACAGGUUCAAGCUCUCUGAGCUUUAGUUUUGGAAAAACGUUGUGGACCAGUUGUGUGAUAUUGAUUGUGUCGGUCACGGAAGUUCUUUGAUGUAGCUGCUGAAACAGUCCUGGAAAGAUGUGAAGUUGAUGUCAACGUCCAGACAAUCCAAACUUUAUUUAUAUGAGUUGUCAUUUAUAGAAACAAAGAUCUUUUUUUCAA